GUGACGUCAUAAUCUGCCGCCGCAGAGCCGGCCCUUAGCAACCAGCCUGGAGACGGUCUCUGUGGCGCUGAAGCCCCCGCGGGUUAGUCUUCCCAAAUCUCCACGGCAGGGGCUUGGCCCGGGCAAGAACCGAGGGGUCACAGAGCGACCCCUUGAAGGCUGCAGGAGUACUAAGCAUGGAUGGCAGCCGGAGAGAGCAACCUCUGUGCUCCCCAGAUACAAUCCACCAUGCCUAUUUACAGGACACUUGAGCACCAAGAGCAAUGCUUUUUGCACUGACUCCUCUUCUCUCAGACUAACCACUCUCCAGCUGGUCAAGAAUCACAUGACUGUUCACUAUAAUAAAAUCCUUUCAGCCAAAGCCACAGUGGACUGCUCAAUUCCAGUAAGUGUGAGUACCAGCAUCAAAUGUCAAAAUGAGUACCUAUUAGGAAUCCACUUGGGGCCAGAAAGAUGGCGUGGCAGGUAAAUGCACUUGCCACCCAAUCUGACAGCCUGAGUUUGAUCACCAGAACCCACAUGGUGGAAGAAGAGAAGUGAUUCCUACAAGUUGGUCUCUAGCUUCUGCGUGCAUAUCAUGACAUAUGCGGACCAACAACGAAGAGAGAAACUGAAAAAGGAAUUGGCACGAUGUGAAAAGGAAUAUAAAUUAAAUAAAUCCAUAAUGCAGAACAAUUCUAAGAUGAAUUCCAAGCCCCUUUUUAAUUCCUUACAGAAGCCCUCAGGGGAACCACAAGGCCAGGAUGUGUUAAUUGAAGAAAUAACAAGAUAUCCAUCAUUUUCGAAGUCAUUUGUUCCCUCUUCAAAUGGACUACAUCUAAGUCAGCCUGAAUCGAAUAAAAUGCUCAUGAAUGGCACCCAGAAGCAUCUCAGCACCUCUCCAUCCAGCAUGGUUUGUACAGGAUCUGCAACCAGGAGCCCGUGCCCUGGACAUGGCUGUGACGGGAAGCCUAGGAGUGCCUUCCCAGGUGCCCACCGAUUCCAGCUAGUUAUUUCCAAGACACCCAGUGGAGAUCUUUUGGAAAAGCACUCUGACCUCUUUUCUAACAAGCAGUUGCCAUUCACUCCACGCACUUUAAAGACAGAGGCAAAGUCCUUCCUAUCACAGUAUCGAUACUACACACCUGCCAAAAGAAGGAAGGAUUUCCCAGGGCAGCGGAUGGAAGCCGAAACCCAGACUGAAUUGAGCAGCUUUAAUUCUGAGUUUGGGACAGCUGAGACAAGGAACUCAAAGGACUCAGAAGUGAACACAAAGCAG